AUGGUACCCAACCCCUCUCUCAGGACGGAACUGCUCCGCCACCAAAUCGAAACCAAACCUCACCCCAAAGCUUCAACUGAAAGACUACCCGAACCUCGCCCUCCACCGCCCACGGCGGCAGUACAGAGUAGACCAGUACGCCCAAAACCACGACCGAGGGCGGUGGCAGUAGUGCAGCCCGUGCCGCCGUGGUGGAUUGACGCAGACGGGGAUGUGAUCAUGAUAGACAUACUGAACGUGGAAAUGCGCAGUAGCUGGGUGUUUGACAUGGACGGCGAUGUCAUAAUGGGAGGAUGCGGGGGGAUGGGGUGGGAAGCGCGGCCGCCGCCGCCCGUGCUGGUUCCGGUGCCGGCUGUGGUGGUGCCGGACAAGACGGUGAGGCCGGGGUGUCCACUUCCACCGCGACCCGCUCCGCGGCCGUAUGCAGAGGUUCGGCACAGCCUUGCGAUUCCAUACAAUAACGAACCAGGCGUGCGCCCGCCCUUGCAGGAUCCAGCGAGACACAUACGAUUAUUCACCCUCUGGCCAGGGACACAUGAGAGUGCGAUCCAAGGUGUGUUCAGUGUGGCUGCCCUCGACGACGCGCCUCAUUACCAGUGUAUAUCAUACGUUUGGGGCGAUGCAUCGGAUACCAAGGAAAUCACAGUGGACGGGGAAGACUUCAAAAUUGCGGUAUCUCUAUUCUCGGUCCUACGGCGCAUCAGAUCUGAGCAAGAAUAUCUCACCGUGUGGGCCGACGCGUUAUGCAUCAAUCAAGACGAUCACGAGGAGAAGCGCGUGCAGGUCGACAUGAUGUUCAACAUCUAUAGCAAAUGCAGCAAUUGCUUUCUCUGGUUGGGAGAGGUUGACCUCCUCGGCGGGGAAUUGAGUCUGGACGCUGCUCGCUAUGGCUUAGACUUCAUUGAAUUCUGCGACGAUACAGACUUGGAAAGAGAAGACAAUGGCUUUUCGACGGCUGAAGGGAUCAUGGGCGUGCGUGAAGUCAAGCAAUUACGACAUUAG